AUGGAGCGGCUCGUCACAGAAGACUGCGCAAUACUGAUUGGCGGCUUCAACGGCUCUAUUUUUGCAGGAAAGGGCCUCGGAAUAUCAGAUAUUGGCAGUCAUUUGAUUGCUAAAAAUAUACCUGAUAAGACAGCUUGGUUAGGUUUUGACAUCCAUUUUCCUUUUGGUGAAGAUAAUGAGGAAAAUGGAUUUGGCAUAUGCUAUCGCUGGUCCGAUUCGGAAGGAAUAGCAGUGCCAACUAAAACGUAUAGCAUCACGGUCAAGUUUCCUGGAUAUAAUAUCGUGCGUGAUAUAUGGCCUGCGGAUGAUUUAAUACGGAGCCGUUUUCCAGAUGAAAAGCGAGAACUUUAUCUUGUUGAUGUCAUCCUGAAAUCUGGCGCUCAAGUUAUCGUUGAAGGCUAUGGCAUGCCUUAUGCCAACAGGGGCCAUAUUGCCGAUAAGUGGCUGCACGAUAACAUGCCUAUUAUAAAUAAUGUCACUCUCACGGGACUGUUGGCGCAAAGAAGGUACCAUUUUGUCGUCGCAUCAGAGAAUAUUAGACUCAGCGAAGACUGGAACUUUGACGUCCUUCCGCGGCCUUUCCGUUAUCCAUACGGCACAUCUCAUAACUGGAAGUCAGAGAGCGAAUACUACGAAAUGCUGGAGGAGAAUAAAGGCCAGCAGUUCUUCCCGCGCACAUCCUUUGAUAACAUUAACGAGUUGCUCACCGUGUUAUCGCAAUCUCAGAUCCAAGAUAUUAUGUGGGUGCAAGAAGAUGCCGAAAAGAUGGAGAGAACGAAAUUGCCAGUCUACUUUGUCCCGGCCAACGAUGAUUUGGAUCCAGAGAAAGACCAAUUAUUAUACGCAAUUGUUGCGCUUCCGCCAUACUUUCGAACCAAUUUUGAGAGCUCCUGGCGCCGUCUCGCGAGGGAAGGAAAGCUCAAGAUUUCAGUCUACAGCAAGGCUGAAAGAGGGGAUGGGUAUCGCCCUAAAGACGACCCAUGGGAUGCGGUCAUCGUGGAUACUUCAUCCAUAAAGCAUAUUGAUGUUUUAGAGGCACACCCAAUCAAAGCCCAUGAGCUAGUUCUCUACAUUCGACGGACUCCAUUGUGGGGGAAUUCACGAUUCAAAAUCGCAGAGUUUCGAGGUCGCUCCAGUGCCGACGAUGCCUUUGAAAAUAGCAAGGAGCAAUAG